AUGGAACGCACAUGCCGCCACUGCGCCCGCCUCGCGCGGUUGCGCCCACAUCGUCUCUCGCCACAGAAACCUGCAACCAGGAGCCUUGCUACACUCGCUUCGACCUCGGCUCCAUCCUCAUAUCGUGCUUCUGCUCCCGCACACCGCUCCGACCUCGACUUUGACACCAUCGUCAUCGGAGCGGGCCAUGCCGGCACAGAGGCCGCGGCCGCCUCGGCGCGCACCGGCGCACGCACACUGCUCCUCACGGCCAACACCGCCAGCAUCGGCGAGCUCAGCUGCAACCCCAGCCUCGGAGGCAUCGGCAAGGGCACCCUGGUGCGCGAGGUCGACGCCCUCGGCGGUCUCUGCGGCCAGGUGGGAGAUCAGGCCGGCAUCCAGUUCCGCAUCCUCAACCGCUCAAAGGGCCCCGCCGUCCACGGUCCCAGGGCCCAGAUCGACCGGGCCCUCUACCGUCGUGCGAUGCAGGCCGCGCUCGAUGGCUACCCCAACCUCACCAUACGGCAGGCCCAGGUGCACGGCCUCGACCUCGAGUGGAUCCAGUGCAGUGACGCUGGCUUCGGUCCCCAGGCUAGGGUGCGCGGCGUCAAGACGUCGACGGGCGAGGUGAUCCGCUGCAGCCAGGCCAUCCUCGCCACGGGCACCUUCCUCUCGGCCGUCAUCCAUAUCGGCCUCACGGCACGUCCCGCCGGAAGGAUGCUGCCGCUGCCGUCUCAGGGCGACGACCCGGCGUCGGACGUCCUCAGCGCCACGCUGGCACGCGCCGGCUUUGCGCUGUCCAGGCUCAAGACGGGCACGCCCGCUCGGAUCGACGCCGGCACCGUGUCCCUCGGCCCGCCGUGGAACUCGGACGGCGGAUCGCUCGACCCGAGGCUCGAGGUGCUGCGUGGCGACCCGCAGCCUGCGCCGUUUUCAUUUCUCAACGACCGCCCCGACAUGCCCGCGGCGGAUCAGAUCGAGUGCUGGGGCACCAGGACUGUCCCCGCAUCCCAUGACAUCGUGAGAGCAAACCUCUCGCAGUCGAUCCACAUCAAGGAGACGGUCAAGGGGCCGCGCUACUGCCCCUCGAUCGAGUCCAAGGUGAUCCGGUUCAGAGACAAGGACUCGCAUCCCGUCUGGCUCGAGCCAGAAGGGCUGCCGGGCACGCCCGACGGGUCGAUCCUCUACCCAAAUGGCCUCUCGUGCACGCUGCCCGCCUCGACGCAGCAGGAUCUCAUCAACUCGAUCCCUGGCCUCGAAAAAGCACGAGUGCUGCGACCGGGCUACGGCGUCGAGUACGAUCACGUCGACCCGAGGGAGCUCCGGCGGACGCUCGAGACGCGGAGGAUCGAGGGCCUGUACAUGGCGGGCCAGAUCAACGGCACGACGGGCUACGAGGAGGCGGCCGCGCAGGGAUGCGUGGCCGGCCUCAAUGCCGGUCUGCGGGCGCAGGGGAUGGACCCGCUCGAGCUCGGGCGCGGCGAUGGCUUCGUCGGUGCCAUGAUCGACGACCUGACGGUGCAGGGAGUCGAGGAGCCCUAUCGGAUGUUCACGUCGCGCAGCGAGUAUCGCAUGACGCUGCGGGCCGACAAUGCCGAUUCGCGCCUGACGCCGCUGCUGCGCGCCGCGUGUGCGGACGCGGUCUCGGCGCGGCGGUGGUCGCGCUACACGGCCGUCAAGAGCGACAUGGACUCGGCGCUGGCCAGCCUGGAGAGGGUGCGCAACACGCCCCACGGAUGGCGACAUCUCGGCUUCCACUGCACCGGCGACUCGCACGAACGCAGUGCACUCGACAUGCUCAAGCAACCCAACCUGUCGAUCGUCGACCUCAUCCCCUUUGUACCGGAUCUCGAAGCCGUACCAAGGUCCACACUGGAACGCGUCGAAGUGGAAGCGCGGUACCUCGUCUUUCUCUCGCGCCAACAGGCCGAGAUCAGCACGUACAACACCGACGCGCAGCUCCGCUUCCCGCCCCACUUUGACUUUGCCGCCGUGCCCGGCCUCAAUGCCGAGCUGCGCGAAAAACUCGUCCGCCUGCGCCCAGACGACCUCGCCGCCGUCAGAUCCAUCCCAGGCUGCACGCCCAGUAGCUUUGCGGCCCUCUGGAGGUCCGCUAUCAAGGCUGAUGCGAACGUUCACCAGCAGCAGCGGCAGCAGCAGUAG